CUCAUCAAAGGGAAUAUAUUCUACCAUGCAAGUUGACAAGGCAGCUUUUACUGUGAAGAGGCUCUAUAAGGAUUGCCUGCGACUUGCUGACUACAUUGGAACACAGGGAGGCAAUCGUGCGGUAUUACGGCAACAAGUCCAGGUGGCAUUCCGGAAAAAUGUAGCAGAGACUGAUCCAGAAAAGAUAGAAGAACAGAAGCAAGCUGCUUUUAGAGGCCUCUCAAACUACAUGUUCCAUGAAGCCCAGCGCAUGGCCAAGGAGGGGACAGUGACCGCUGUGCGUCCCAGUGAAGACGGGCCUUUCAAUAGAUAAGAGGAAGUGACAAAGCCCAAGCCUACGACAGUCUCCAGGACCUUGACGACUUAAACUCCUUCCAACAACGACACCAUGUGGGAAACUCUGGGCUUGCUGCGUGCGCCUGGGCACUUCUGCUCCCAAUAUAUUCCGUCCAAGAAUAUGCCGAUGGUUCACCUACAAACCCGCGUGAGACGCAGUAUUGCGCAGCCUGCCAGACAUCUGAUUUUGUGUCAGGCGGGGAGGCUGCAGAACGUGGCAGCUGAUGAAGCCGCUGUGCAGUUGGAUGCUGAUGCUGUCUCAGAGAAGGAGCGGCUGAUGUAUGAGAGGCUUGCUCAGGAAGUCGCGGCUUUCGAGAGCAUGGCCAUAGCCAGCAGCACUAUUGAGGAGGAGGAGGAGGCUGCUCCAGUCAGCCGUGAUGCAAAGAAGUCAAAACGGACCCGGGAGGCGCGAGGAAGCAUCCCCACCGACAAUGGCAUACCGCUUGCAGACCUCCCCAAGGUGGCAAUCGUGGGGCGUCCAAAUGUGGGCAAAUCAGCGCUGUUCAACAGGAUAACAGGGUCCAAUCUGGCGAUAGUGUACGACUAUCCGGGGGUGACUCGCGACCGGCUGUACACGCGCGCAUCCUGGGGCGCCACAGACUUUGUCGUCGUGGACACCGGCGGCCUCAUGAGCGACGCGUCGCAGCUGCCUUCAGACCAGCGGAUCGUCGCUAUCAAAGCCCUCUCGGAUGCUGGCCUCCCACAGGCGCGCAUCUGCACUCAGUUCACACUUUCUUUGCACCUGCACACAAGAAAAGCCAUUGAGCGGCAGGCGGCUGCUGCAGUGGCGGAGGCAAACAGCAUUGUGCUGGUCAUGGAUGGGCAGCUGGGCCUCACUGCAGCGGAUGAGGAGAUUGUGUCCUGGCUGCGGCGCUCACACCCCAACAAGCCUGUGCACCUGGCCAUCAACAAAUGCGAGAACCCCCAGAAAGCCGACUUGCAGGUGUCUGAGUUCUGGGCGUUGGGCCUGGAGCCCAUUGCGGUGUCUGCCAUCAGCGGGACAGGGACUGGCGAGCUCAUGGAGCAGCUGAUGGCUUCCCUGGCCCCGCCCAAGUCUUCAGAGAGCGUGGCGGCCCCCGACGCGCCGCUGGCCGUGGCCAUCAUCGGGCGGCCCAACGUCGGCAAAUCCAGCCUCCUCAACUCGCUGGCGGGUGAGGAGCGGUCGAUAGUGAGCGCGAUCAGCGGCACGACGCGUGACGCAAUAGACACGGAUGUGAAGCUGGCGGACGGGCGCCGAUUCAAGCUGAUCGACACGGCCGGCAUCCGCAAGCGCGUGGCCGUCGCCGACUCCAAGGACGGCGCCGAACCGCUCUCCGUCAACCGCGCCCUGCAGGCCGUCCGGCGGGCGGAGGUGGUGGCGCUGGUGCUGGACGCAAGCGAGUGCGCGGACGCGGAGGCCGGCCGCUUCACGGUGACGCAGCAGGACUUCCGCCUGGCCGAGCUGGUGGCCGCGGAGGGCCGCGCGUGCGUCAUCGUCGUCAACAAGUGGGACACCGUCGCCGGCAAGGACGCCAACACGCACGUGACAUUCCAGAAGGAGAUCAUCUCGCAGCUGCGCGCCCUCUCCUGGGCCACCAUCGUCUUCACCUCCGCCACAACAGGGCAGCGUGUGGCGCGCAUACUGGAGGCGGCGUACGCGGCGGGAGAGGAGCACAAACGGCGCAUAACGACGGCGACCAUCAACAUGGCUGCCGUCCGGCCGCCCACAUUUGUGUUCUUUGUCAACGACCCCAAGCUUUUCACGGACGAGUACAAGCGCUAUGUGGAGCGCCAGCUCAGAGACAACGUGGGCUUCCCUGGGACACCCCUCCGCCUGUUCUGGCGAGGCAAGGCACCUGCAACCUCGAUUGGCGGCAGGAAGGUGGACACGGGUGCAUACACCUGA